CGCGCGCCGCUCUCCCCCGCGCCUUUUAUAGGCUGUUCGCUCUCUCUGCCUCCUCGUCCUCCCCUGCCCCCCGCAAUCCCUUUUGCUCUUCUCAUCCCCCCUAAACCUCACCCCAAAUUUUAGGUCUCCUAAACCUCACCCCAGAUUUGGCCCCUCGACCUCCGAAGGCCGAUUUCCACCUCCCCUCACUGACCCCGUCCGCCUCGAGGGGCCCCAUUGCUCCCCCCCCGCAGGGUGUCAGGUGCGCACCUCCCCCACCCCAAAAACACAGCCAGGAGUUGCCAUUUUCGUUUCUGUUACUCGCUGUCUGGAUUUCAUAAAUUUCAAACUUCCCCUCCCCUUGACAGUCAAAAGCUUUCCUUUCCAAAUGCGCGUUUUCCUCUCAGGCUCCUGUGGGGGGCGCUGUUUUCCCGUCCGUUCCUCCCUCCCGUGAUCAUGGUCUCCCACUUUCCUACUCGCCUCCCCAAACCCCAGCCCAGUUGUGGGUUUGUUUAUCUGCUCUCUUCAUCCCUGUAUCCUCCUCCUGCUGCCUCCAGUUAUUUCCCCUUCUCUGUCACCCUCAUUCUUCCAUCCACUCUUUGGGUUGCCCUCCUGAGACUAUUCCCAUCUCUGCCCUCCCUUUUCCAUAGUCUGCCUCCCAGCAUUUUUAUAUUUCUUCCCUGCACCCCAUUUGUCCUCACACUGUGCUCCUUUCGUCCCCCAUAUUCACGUAACACUCCCUUGUCCCUUCUUGCAUUGGUUCCCUCUUCACUCAUCUUCUUAUUUGCUCUCUUCAUAGGCUUUCUCUUAGCUACUACUCCACCCCAAUGUUUUAGUGGAAACACCAUGGAAAGGAGUUGGGGUAGAGCACAUUAGGGCCCCAGGAAUUUCCAGAGAUCAAAAGAAGUUGGAGAUGUUAACUCAUUUGGGCAAGGCAAUAUUGCACACCAAAGCGAUACCCAGCCCCAAAUAAUGUCACUGGAUGUUGCAUUGGUCUUUCGUCUUGGGAGGCAGCAACUGGUGGUGGAUAGUGCCAGACUUUUGGUUGGGAAAAUGUGUAAAAUCCAGCUCAGCCAUGCAUCUUACCAGGUGACCUUAGGUUGUCAACUCUUAGCCUUUUGGACCUCAUAGGAUAUAAAAGAACCAGAAUGUAAAUGAUGUUACAUUAGGAAGUUACAUUUGGGACUCACUUGUUACAAGAUUCCAAAAUGAAGGAUGUCGACUCGGACUGUGAAGAGACUGAACUCGAUACUCUGGUCCCACAGCCAGGAUCAGCAAGACCCAAUGGCUCUCCAGAUCCAACUGACGAAUUCUUCCGAACGACACGUGGGAUCCGUGAAGCCUUGAAGACUCUGGGAAGCAAAGUAAAAGAUCUAGAGAAACAUCAAACUACCAUUUUGGCCACACCCCUCCCUGAGGAUAGCAUGAAGCAAGACCUGCAAAAGCUACGUGAGGAAAUCAAGGAGCUGGCAAAAGACGUUCGGACCCGCCUGAAAAAAAUUGAGCUCAAGAAGGAUGGGGAAGAUGAGAACAAAAACUCCAUCAACGUUCGUAUGAAGAGAACCCAGCAUGGGAUCCUGUCCCAACAGUUCUUGGACCUGAUCAACCAGUGCAAUGCAAUACAGUCUGACUACCGAGACAAGAAUCUGGAGCGCAUCAGGAGACAGCUGCAGAUCACUAACAGCGGGGCAGUUUCCGAUGAAGAGCUGGACCAGAUGCUGGAGAGUGGUCAGACGGAGGUGUUUGUUUCCAAUAUCAUGAAGGACACGCAAGUGACGAAGCAGGCUCUGAACGAAAUUGAGACACGGCACAGUGAAAUCCUCAAGCUGGAGCGCAGCAUCCAGGAACUCCAUGAAAUGUUCUUGUACCUGGCCACUGAAGUGGAGCUGCAGGGAGAGAUGAUUGACAGGAUAGAGAAGAACAUCCUGGAUUCAGAGGAUUACGUCAAGAAAGGGCAGGUCCACCUCCACAUGGCUCAAGAGAACCAAAAGAAAGCUCGCAAGAAGAAGUUCAUGAUUGCCAUCUGCCUGACAGUCACGGUGCUCAUCAUCAUCGUCAUCAUUGGUGUAUCCAUUGCAGUUGGCUAGGAGGGCUCCCAGUUCUGCCUCUCCCUUCGUGCUGCGUUGCUGGAGCCCGAUGGGCUCCAUCUCUGGCUUCAUCAUGGUUCUGGAACGUCUGCCCUCUCCUGGGAGGCCUUUGCACUGAUAGAUGGCUGGAGGAGAUGCAUCCUGCCUUUCGCCCAGUCCUGAAAGCACAUGCUGCCUAUGGCUGCCUCCUUUCCUGUUGCCCAGAAACAAGAAGCCCCUGAUUUCCCUGCAUCCAAAACUGUUUCCAGAUGCCUAUAACUCUCAAGAUCUGUUCUAGAGCAAAGCCUCUGCUGUGUUUAUUUUGGACUUCCCAGUUUGUUUUGUUUCGUGGCUUGCGUUUGGGUCUGUUUCUCCCCCAAUGCAUUCUGUGGCCUUGACCCCCAAGCAAAUGGUCAGUUCCUCUCUUGGCCUCCUCCUGAACAGUAUCCUCCCUUGCAAUGAAUUCUAGAUGGCUCCUCAUCUUGAGGAACCCCAAUUCUCCCAUUCUGAUCAUGACAGCUGUGAGUUUUCCUUACCCUUUUUUUGUAGUUCCUGCCUUCUAAAAUCUCCUCUGCCUGUCGUAGUUCUUUAUCAUGCAUCUUGCUACAAGCCAUGUGAGUUUUUUUAAAGCUUCCCCCUUAUCACACAGUAUAUUGUACAUCUUUACAAGGGGACAAAUGGAUAUUGUACAGAACUUGGUGGUGAUAUGUCUGGUCUUUCAUACCCACAAACUCAACACUGCUAGAUGUGCCUAUGAGGGAAGCAGCAUGCAGCUCUGUUAAUUUUUUCUAACCUACUGCCUUCGUCCUGACCUUGUUUGUUGGAUUUUUAGAGGCCUUUAUUAAGUACAUGGGGCCUGUUUCAGCUGAAGCAAAGGGCAGCAAGCCAAGACCUCCGGGUUCACAUGGCUAAAAUGCCUUCUAUUGGUUUCUACCAAGCUGUUUGCCUCCUGCUUUCAGUUUUAAAGUUGACAUUUUUUCCAUGUCUCCUUCAUCUGUGUGGCCCUCCUCCCAGCCGCCAUGUCCCUGAUGCCUUAGGGGUUGUGUGCUCACAGCCCUUCUGAGCCCUGUGUAUUAAUCUUUUCUUUGGGUCUCUCUUCUCUCUUUAUACAAUGAAAUGAGAGAUAAUCCCAGUGCCAACCUUAAAAAGUAUUGGGACAAAACCACACAAACAAUAUUUUUUGCUCCCUCAGGAAACCCGAUCACAGGCCUUGAAUUAGCCACCUGGAAAACUUGCCCAAGGGGCCAGGGGGAAUCCAGAUCUUGAAAGGAGGGUUAUAGGAAGGAGUAGGAGUCAGAGCCCCUUGGGUUUGUCUGCCUGCAAAUCUAGCUGAAAUGGGUUGGGAAAUCAUGGAGAAAAUGGAAGCCAGGACCUUUUGGCCUUGUUCCUGAAAAUUUGAUAUUUUUCUACUUUGGAAAAAGAGGACUUGUCCAGAUCAAAGCAUUUAGCAAACUGUUCCAGUUGCCUUGGAGAUUGAAUGUAAAGAAAAGAAAAGAAAAGCAGCCUGCCUCAAAUUAUUUUGUAAUAUAAAAAUAAAAGCACUUUCUAGAA